UCUCCCCAAACGUCAGCGAGCGGGCCUGUGGGGCCUCCUGAGAGCAGGAGCCGGAAAUCCACAGGUGCAGUCAGAGCAGGUGGCUGCUUUCCACCGAGGUCUCAUGCGUACGGUCACGUGCACAGACCUCACACGUGUGGCUCGAGGGUCACACACACACACACACACACAUCCCUGCAGCCUGUACCCAGACCAAAUUUUAUAAAAUCUCCGUUGCCCCAGAAGGCUCCCCCAAGUGCCUCCCUGACCUGUAACAGCCCUCCGUCCCGUUACAAAGCUCCCACUGUGGGCCCCUCUCUAUGGCACCUCUGUGACGCGGCAGACAAAAGACAAAAGACCCCCCCACCCAGCAGCUCGAAAGACAGAAGCCCCUGGGCGAACAGAGGGGUGGUGGCUGGAGCCGAGGGCGCAGGCGGGCAUCUGGCCGCAGCCGCUCCCGACCGUGCCACAGGUCCCCUGGGGAGAAAGCGCUGGCCUGUGAGUCUGGGAACGCUGCUGCCCGCAGGCCGCCUCUGUGCGCCUGCUGUGGUUGAAGCGCGUCCUCCCCCGAACCUGCCUGCGGCGGGGCUGAGGCCAGCGCUUCUCGUCCUUUGUCCAGGUGUGAACGCCGAGGGAAGCAGAGUGAUGCUGGCGGGCUGCGCUGGGAUCUGGGCCUCCUCUCUUCUGCACUGAGCUCUGCCCCCAGAAGGGCACAGACGGCCUGACCACCUGGCGGGCAGGCCCGCUGAGAAGGAGGUCUCCUGAGUCCAGAGGCCCGGCCACAGGCAGACGCUGAGGGGCCGUGACACGGUGCAGCACGCUGGAGAACGCUGGCAGCUUCUUACAAACGGAAACAUACUCUCCCGGAACAGCCCGGCACCCCCCUCCCAGGAUUUGCCCCCGAGAAAGAGAAAUAAAUGCCUGUUCACCCAGAGACCUGCAGGCGAGUGUCUGUACUGGCCUUCCUCAUCAUCACCCCACACGGGAAACGACCCAAAGAGCAGGCGGGAGUGCAAGGCUCUGCCCCGUCGGCCGCCUCCCUCUGUGUGACAGCCUGGCUGGGAGUUUGCGGGGGUAUGAGGGACAUGUUCUGUAUCCUGACUGUGGAGAACACAUCGAAGGGUGGCUGUGAACGGGCCCACCCUGCAGUCUGGCUCCACCCCAGCUCCUUCCCCAGGUGGGAAGUUGGGGUCCGAGGGGUCUGUCCCCACCACGGCCAUGUUUAUCACGGUGAUGUUUGGAGCUGGCUGCUGGGAGCUGGUGAACAUCUGGUGCAGCCUCGGGACCCUCACCGCCCACCUGAGGCAGAGGUGCAAGGUGCCCCCUGACGCGACCAUCGCCCUGCUGGCUGAGGACGGGCACCUGGUCAACCUUGUGGAGGGGCUGGAGGAGGGGCCUUCCCCGGCGCCCUCCAUGACCAGCCCCCUGCUGCAGGAGCGGGGAACCUAUGUUCUGGUGCAGAUCAUCAAGGGGGAGGGAGGGGACCCCACGCGCUAUGAGUCCCUCCUGGAGAACCUGGAUGGGUGGUGUCCAGAGAUGGCUGGUGAGUGUCACAGGAGAGCCUGGGGGUGGGGACGCCUGCCCGCCCACGCACUCAAGCAGAGCAUCCUGGGCCUCACAGAGGAGCUGCGCUGGCGGUCGGGCCUGCCCCCCCAGGGCGACGGCCGGAGGCGGCGCCUGGGCACUCAGCGUGGCCACCAGGAGCAAGGCCCUCCUUCUCGGCCCCGAAGGGUGGGCUCCCUGCUGUCCUGGACCCAGGAGCCAGGGCCUGGAGCCAGGAUUACGCAGGAUGACAAGGGCGACCUCCGCACCCGGGACAGCAGCUGAAGGGGCGGCACCCCACGCUGCAGCAGGACUUCCAUCUCCCACCACCCUGCCCCCUGCAGACAGUCCAACGAGAGGGGACACAGCAGGCUCGGCUAAAAUAAAGGCUUUUAAUUGCACAUUUUCAUCUCGGAUCAUCUGUGGGGUGAGGGACCCCCUCCUCACUCCAGGUCCCAGCUCUGUGGGUACAAUCUGACGUCGUGGUCCGGCUGUUGGUGGGAGGGGGG